AUGGCCAGAUUCCACACAGAUUGCAUAGAGAGACCCCUCCGCAUCUGGUUUGAGAUGAUGGGCCAUUUUAUCGGAUCUCAUCCCUGGUGGUUCUUGAUCACCCCCCUUAUUCUCUCGGCAGGUCUGGGGAGCGGAUUUUAUCUCCUCGAGGACCGAAUGUCCAACGAUAUCAAAGAGCAGUUCACGCCUCUCGAUGGACGAGCCAAGCUGGAGAGGAAAUACAUCCAAGAAACCUUCCCGGGAAAUGAUUCAACGUUUUCACGUUUAAGACUGAGCACGGAUGGGAAUUAUGCAACUCUCAUAGCUAUGGGUGACGGAAACAUUCUGAGCGUGGAGUCACUCCAGGACAUCCUAGACUUGGACUUUAAAGUUAGGAGUAUGGUCGUGCAGUUUGACAACCAGUCAUUUGAAUAUGUGGAUGUUUGUGUUGAGGCGAUGGGAUCUUGCACCUCUAAUGACAUUUUAGAUAUUAUUGAAUACAAGGCCAACAAUAUAGACACAGUCAAUUUGACAUUUCCGUGGUAUUACUCUGAUUUUGGGAGUUUUCCUUUAUUUUUAAGUCUGGGGAGUGUGAGAUUGUGCAAAGGGAGCUCAGUAGUUGAAACUGCUGAAGCCAUACAGCUCCAUUACUAUUUACACGAGGACAACAAAACAAAGACUGACCUUUGGUUGGAGAGCUUCAUUAAUUUGCUCUCAAAUAAAUCAUCAACUUCCAUUCAGGUGUCGUACUCCACCUCCAUGUCAAUGCAGUGGGAAUUUAAAAAAUCUCCAGCUUCCGUCAUCUAUUUAUUCUCCAUCACCUUCUCCAUUGCCAUCGCAUUUUCGAUCAUAUCAUGUUGGAGGUUGGAUAAUGUGAGGACGAAGGUGUGGGUGGCAGCCUGUGGGGUGCUCUCCACAGGUCUGGCGGUCCUGAGUGGAUUGGGUGCUCUGUUGUUGUUGGAUCAACCUUUUGUCAUGACGGUUGCCUCCUGUCCUUUCAUGAUAUUAGGUAUUGGACUGGAUGACAUGUUCAUCAUGAUCUCUUGCUGGCAGAGGACCCGCGUUCUGGACAGUGUCCCCGACCGGCUGGCCGACACCUACAAGGACGCCGCCGUCUCCAUCUCCAUCACCACCCUGACCGACGCUCUGGCUCUCUUUCUGGGCUACGGCUCGCCCUUUGGCUCGGUCCGGUCCUUCUGCCUGUACGCGGGGGUUUCUAUUUGCUUCUGCUACCUGUACAGCAUCACUUUCCUGGGGGCUUGUAUGGCUUUGAACGGACACAGGGAGGCGGAGAACAAGCACUGGUUCAGUUGCACCAAAAUCCCAGAAGACUUACCAUCCAGUUCCAAAGCCUUCAGUGUGUGCUGUGUUGGGGGGAGCUACGAUCGGAUCACUGAGAAGGAGGAAACUGAGCCGAUGAGUCGCAUUUUUAAGCUGUUCUAUGGCCCGUUUCUGACCCACAAACUGACAAAAGCUUGUGUAUUUGUAAUUUACGCAGGUUAUCUUGCUGUUAGUAUUUAUGGUUGUUUUAUCUUACAGGAGGGACUUGACAUCCGUAAUCUGGCUUUGGACGAUUCCUACAUCAUCGAUUACUACAACGAUCAAAGGCAGCACUUCUCUGAAUACAGCUGUAACGUGAUGGUAGCGGUGAAGCAGCCCUUCCCCUACUGGGAUGAGGAUGAACAUCUGGGUUCGUGCAUUUCAAAUUUUGAGAGUUUGAACUUUGUCAACGGCACUUUUGCUUGGUUUGGUUCCUUUCUACAGUACGCAAAUGCGACCAACCUCGAUAUAAGUUCUCAAGAGGCUUUCCAAACACAUCUGCCACAUUUCUUGGAGCUCAAGUCGAUGUUCAAACAAGACGUCAACUUCACUGCAGACAAUAAGAUUCAGGCCUCUCGCUUCUUUAUUCAGACGCUCAACAACGCGACAACAAAAGACAUGAUGAUUGGACUCAGGAGAACAGCAGAGGAAUGUCCGGUAGAGCUACUGGUGUACCACCCUGCUUUCAUCUACUUUGACCAGUACACCGUCAUCAUGGACAACACCUUUCAGACCAUCCUGGUGGCUGUGAUCGUGAUGCUGGUCGUCUCACUCAUCCUCAUACCCAAUCCUCUUUGUUCCAUUUGGGUGGCUUUCGCAAUUUGUUCAGUCAUUGUUGGCGUGACGGGGUUCAUGGCGCUGUGGGGUGUAAACCUGGACUCCAUCUCCAUGAUCAACCUGCUCAUGUGCAUCGGUUUUUCUGUCGACUUCUCAGCGCAUAUUUCCUACUCUUUUGUCUCCAGCCCCAAAAGGGACGUCAACGAGAAAGCAACGGACGCCUUGGCCCAUUUAGGCUAUCCGAUACUGCAAGGAGCCCUGUCCACUAUUUUAGGAGUGGUGGUGCUGUCCAUGUCUGGGAGUUACAUCUUCAGGACAUUCUUCAAGAUUGUGUUUCUUGUGAUUACGUUUGGGCUGCUCCACGGCUUGGUGUUCAUUCCAGUGUUUCUCACUCUGCUUGGGGCCUGUGGGAAGUGGUGUUAAAGUGGGGAUGUCCAGUUUGUGAAUAAAAUGUUGAAGUCAAA